AUGACGACAACGACGGAGGAGGAGGACAUUCGUGACUUGUUCAACAUCAUCUAUGCGGGGGAGGACUGGGACGACGAGGAGGCGCCGGCGAAGGACACAGAGCUGCUGUCUCGGGCCGUAUUGGACAACCUCCUGCAGCCUCCGCAACUGAAGUAUUACACGCCGCGCUCGCGCUCUCCAACUGUGAUCCCGUCUACCGUGCCAAUACCGCCUUCAACGACGGGGUACGCGCCGUUCUCGCCGCUUCCCUUGUUAAAGCGGUUACAGACGUACGGCCAUGUGUACGUGCCAAACCCGUUGUCAGCUCAAGCUCUUGCAUUAGCUGGCUGGGUUGCAUCCGGUGGUGCCUUCAAGUGCGAAACGUGUGAUAAGGUGUGGGGCCUCGGGCAACUCGACACGAUCAAGAAAGAGGCGGUCAGGCGGGAUGUUCUGUUGAAGUUGUCACGAAACCUGCGAAGCUACCACGCUUCAUCGUGCGGGUGGCGAUAUGUUUCGACGCCGGAGGAGACGGUGCGCGAAGUUCGCAGCUUGCUGAACCCCACGCUAUCGAGCUCGCUCGCGCCGUUACGCCAGGCGCUGCAGGCACGCGUGCUGAGCAACCCGACUCUAGAUGCCGUGCGCUGGGCUAGCCCGCUCUUGCCGGAGGAGUUGGACAAUCUCGCGCGCAAUCUCGACAAAUACGCGCAACUCCAUCUCCAAUUCCCGGACCAGGAAAACGAACCUGCCGCACCGGGUGACAAGGAGCAGUUCGCGUCAGCACUUGCGUUCUUCGGUUGGUACCCCUUCGACUCCUCGGACCCGGAUGCGAGCUGCGUGCAACCCGGCGGCGUUGGUGGGAGAACUGAGAUCGUCCGCUGCAGACAGUGUCUGCGCCGUAUUGGGCUCUGGAAGCAUGUCCAGGACGACAAGGCCAUGGACGUCCUUGAGAGCCACCUCGCUUGGUGUCCGAUCCGCGGUGAUUGGUAUAACGGCAGCCCUCUGCUUCAGCCGCCGGGUGCAGAGGAACCGAAGCGUAUCCUUGACGAGAUUAGCAUCAGCGAGCGGCCAAAGAAGAAAUGGCGCCGGUGA